AUGGCUCGCCGUCAAAAUGCCAUCGCCCACUCGGUGACCUACUCGAUCCUCCAUAGCGACCAGAAGCGCAAGUCCCUCAUCGCUCGAAUCCCCUCCUUCUUCUGGAUAUACUGGCUCAACUUCGACUGCGUCCGCGAAGACCUCUUCAAAGCCCUACGAGCAACCUGGCAGAUCGAAGAAGACGAAUAUAGAAAGAGCUUCGGCGCAGACAGUAAAGAUGCAGCAGGCCUCAAACCGAUCGGAGACAUGGGCUACUCCGGCUCGACCUUCUUCACCAGCACCGACGGGACCUACCUCGUAAAAUCCAUCCCCCGGCACUUCGAAUACAGCUUCUUCAAAAACGACCUCCUCCUCCCCUACGCCGAGUACAUGCAGACAAACCCCACCUCCCUCCUCGUGCGCAUCACAGACUUCCUCGCAUGCAACCAGUGGUCCCUCGGCACCGCCCUCUCCCUCGCGCCCACCCACCACAUCGUCAUGUCGAACAUCAAGUCCGGCGAAAGCAGCGACAGCACCGAAUGGGAAACCUACGACCUCAAGCCCAUGUCCUACUUCUACCCCGAGCGGGAUGUAGCAGGCGGUGUCUUGACCAGCGAAGCAACCAAAUCCAAACUCGCCGACGACUUCCACGAGAAGAUCUCCCUGACGCUAGAUCAAGCAGCGGAGUUCAACCUCCAACUCCAAAAAGACACCGCCUUCCUCGCCGCCCAUAACGCAGUCGACUACUCCCUCUUCCUAAUCCGCAUCCCAGCCCACGACCCCUCCUCCAGCACCGUGCAACCGACCUCCCCGCCCUCCUGGCGAACAGGCAUCAACUCCUUAGACAAGAAAUGGAUCUACCGCGCCGCAAUUCUGGAUUUCUUCUGGGCGAAACAUAAAGUCCACGCCAAGGCCAUGACGGGGCUGAUCAAGGCGUAUAAUGCGGUGGAUUCGCAGGGCCCGAUGAGUGUGACGACGACGGCGGAGGAGUACCGGGAGAGGUUUUUGGGCAUGUGUGGGGAGAUGAUUGAGACGGGGACGGAGACAACGGGGUGA